UCACCACUCGCUCUAUCCACUUUCAAAGACAAAAACAAAAACACACAAACACAAAACACUCCUUCCUGUACUUUAAAAUGUCAAAUUGCUUUAGCAUCGCUAAGGCGUUUGAAUGGUACCACCGGUACUCGUUCUCGAAGGCGGGUCUGCAGUCGACGACGACGGACCUCGGCGAAGGCACGGUGAUGCACUGCUGGGCCCCGAAGGCCCACAACCCAUCGAAGCCCAACCUCCUCCUGAUCCACGGCAUGGGCGCCAACGCAAUGUGGCAAUGGAACAACUUCAUCUCCCAUUUCGUUCCCCACUUCAACCUCUACGUCCCGGACCUGGUCUUCUUCGGCGAGUCCCGCUCGACCCGACCCGAGAGGUCCGAGGCAUUCCAGGCCCAGUGCGUGAUGGGCCUCAUGGAGGCCCAAGGCGCGAGCAAGAACAUGCGCGUGGUCGGACUCAGUUACGGCGGGUUCGUCGCGUACAACAUGGCCACGCGGUUCAAGGAGCGCGUGGAGCGCGUCGUGCUUUGCUGCGCCGGGGUGUGCAUGGAAGACCGAGACAUGGAGGGAGGCCUGUUUAAGGUGAAGAGCGUGGACGAGGCCGUUAGUGUUCUGUUACCGCAAAACGCGGAUAAGAUGAGAGAGUUGCUGAGAUUAACGUUCGUUAAACCCAAUUUGAAGGCCCCUUCUUGUAUUCUCAAUGAUUUCAUCAAUGUGCUGGGUAAAGAACACUAUGAAGAGCAGAAAGGAUUGAUUCACGCGUUACACAAGGAUAGGAAAUUGUCUGAUCUUCCCAAGAUAACCCAGCCUACAUUGUUAAUCUGGGGAGAAGAAGACCAGGUAUUCCCGCUGGAAUUGGCACACAGAUUAAAAAGGCAUUUGGGUGAGAAUGCGGAACUAGUAAUCAUGAAGAAUGCAGGGCAUGCAAUCAACGUUGAGAAACCCAAAGAGAUGUGCAAGCACAUAGAGUCUUUUCUCAUGGAUAUACCUCCUCCACCUAAGCAACAUAACCACAACAAUGGCCACAAGGUAGACUAAAUGGUCUACCUGAAAUGGUGUAGAGAAUUCAGGAAUGUAUGAUUUCUCAGUUGAACCUACAUUUUUAUGAUACUUGAUUGUGUGGUUUUGUAUAAACAUGGACGCUAUGAAGUUUAGUUAAAAGUACUCAUUAGUUAUUACUUA